AUGAAGUAUCUUGCUGCUUACCUCUUGCUCGCCAUCGGUGGCAACACCUCUCCCUCUGCCAAGGACAUCACCUCCCUCCUUUCCACCGUCGGUAUCGAGUCCGAGUCUGAGCGUAUUGAUUCCUUGAUCUCCCAGCUCUCUGGCAAGGAUAUCAACGAGCUCAUUGCUGAGGGUACCUCCAAGCUCGCUUCCGUCCCUGCUGGUGGUGCUGCUGCCGCCCCCGCCGCUGCCGGUGGUGCUGCUGCUGCUGCUGAGGAGAAGAAGGAGGAGAAGAAGGAGGAGGCCAAGGAGGAGUCUGAUGAUGACAUGGGCUUCGGUCUCUUCGACUAA